AUGUCUGUGUUAUCGGUGAUCGAGGGAAUUGUAUACGAAGUUAUGAAGUUUCUGAAAUCAGGAAAUAUAAAUGAGGCCAAGGAAUCACACUUUUUGGAGCUAUUAGUGAAGAAGCCAGAAGAAUUUACACGCCUGAUGGUUAUUUUAAAAAUGGCCCAUGAAGCUGUACGAGAGGACAAAUUCAUAACAAAACGAUCUAUAUAUUACUCAAAUCCCAUUUUAUUCAAACGACAAUCCAUUAUAGACCCAUUAUUAUCAAAGAUUUGUAAGGAGCUCAGUCUCCCUCGGUGCGCUCUUAAAAUAAACGCCUCUUCCAAAUUGAUUGUUUAUGGUGAUAUUUAUCUAGGGAUUGGGUAUGAAAGCGAUGUCGUUAAAAGAAAUAAUUUGGGUAUACCUGAAAGUUUGUUUAAAAGUGGAUAUGAGGUUAUUAUCUCAGAAUGUUUACCUCAAUUUAUUUUGAUAAUUGAGAAAGAUACGAUUUUUCGGAAACUUUUAAGUGAGAAGUUCUAUGAAAAAUUCAAACCUUGUUUAUUGGUUACGGCUAAAGGUUAUCCAGACUUGAUAACUCGCCAAUUUCUUGCUCAAAUAAACUGCAUGCAUCCAAAUAUUCCAAUGAUUGGACUUUUUGAUGCUGAUCCUCAUGGUAUAAAUGUAUUCUGUACUUACAAGUACGGCACUACGAAUCCUAUGAUGCAAAAUGAAAAUGGUAGUCCAAUAAAAAUAUCCAAUCUUCAACUAUGUGGACUAUUACCAAGUGAAUUAUCAUUUCUUCAAAUCAAAGAAACUAAUCUAUUGAAAUUAACGAAAAGAGAUAAAUCUUUAUUAAAUUCAAUGAAAAAACGUUUAUAUAUUCAACAAGAAUCCAUAUUAUUAGAACAAAUAAAUUAUUUAUUAUUGACAGAAAUGAAAGCUGAAUUAGAAAUAUUAAAUACAAUUCAUUCAACUUAUUUAACUAAUGAAUAUUUACCAAAUAAAUUACAAUUAUGGAGUAUAUUACCAAAUUAA